AACAGCAGUUCAAACUAGAUCAGAUUGCAAAAGAUUGAUAGAGAGAGCUGUUCAGUUAAUACGCAGUGAGGGAGUAUUGUACAGUUUAAUGGGAAAUGUGAAGGACAGACUUUAUGUUAGUAAAGAUGAGGGAUAACCUGGAGACCAGCUGAAGAAACUGCCUCGGAAGAUGGAGAUACAAAACCCUGAAUUUUCACUAGGAUAGCCUUCAUUAAAAGGUUUCACACCUGUUUUGCACGUCCAGCAGCGGCGGUGGCAGCAUCGUGGCCCCGGGGGUCUUUCUGGGAAUCAGCCUGGUCAUUACCACUGCGUUUCACCUGCACUCGCAAACAGCUCCUGAGAAAAAAAUACAAGAGCACAGAGAUCAAGCCAGGAUGAAGAAAUUCAAAGGGGGUCGGUGCCUUGUGCUGAAGAUGAUGGAGUGGUUUUCUCCAGUAUUAGAGUAACACGGAGAGAGAAGGAGCAGCAGCGGUGGCAGAAGGAGAGAAUGCCUUAGUUUGGUUACUGGGAGAGAAGAUAUCACCUUUUACUUCUGCAGCCUGGGGAAGUACAGGUAGAAAAAAAAGGAAUUGGAUUAAAACACACGACUUCCAGCCAGCUUCUGUCUAUGACUCACUAAAAUGCAGUGUAGCCAGUGAUCAAGCUGUGAGGGGCCACAAUCACACACUGGGAGUCGAGGCCUGCCCUUCUCCUCUCACCCUGCAGCUGGAGGCCCUGCCAGGAGCAUGAGUGUGGGGAGGAUCAACCGCUACAGCAUUGUGUCAUCCGAGGAAGAGGGUCUCCGCCUCACUACCAUGCAUGGCAUGAACGGCUUUGGCAAUGGCAAGAUCCACACACGCCGUAAGUGCCGCAACCGCUUCGUCAAAAAGAAUGGCCAGUGCAACGUGCAGUUUUCCAAUAUGGAGGAAAAGUCACAACGCUACAUGGCUGAUAUCUUCACUACAUGUGUCGAUAUUCGCUGGCGAUGGAUGCUGUUAGUCUUCACUCUUGUAUUCGUUGUCUCCUGGCUGGUCUUCGGCUUAGCCUUUUGGGUCAUCGCUUUGCUGCAUGGUGAUCUGGAUAACCCCGCCGGAGAUGACAACUUCACUCCAUGUGUCCUACAAGUCAAUGGAUUUGUGGCUGCUUUUCUCUUCUCCAUUGAAACACAGUCUACAAUAGGUUAUGGCUACCGCUGUGUGACUGAGGAGUGCCCAGUGGCUGUCUUUAUGGUGGUCUUUCAGUCCAUAGUGGGCUGCAUCAUUGACUGCUUCAUGAUCGGUGCCAUCAUGGCCAAGAUGGCGAGGCCUAAGAAGCGAGCACAAACACUGUUGUUUAGCCACAAUGCUGUCAUUGCCAUGCGGGAUGGAAAGCUGUGUCUCAUGUGGAGGGUAGGGAAUCUUCGUAAGAGCCACAUUGUAGAGGCCCAUGUCAGGGCACAGCUCAUCAAACCUCGGAUCACGGAUGAGGGAGAAUAUAUCCCUUUAGACCAGAUAGACAUUAACGUGGGCUUUGAUAAAGGCUUGGACAGGAUUUUCUUAGUUUCACCCAUCACUAUUCUCCAUGAGAUCGAUGAGGAGAGCCCUCUUUUUGGGAUCAGUAAACAGGACUUAGAGACAGCAGACUUUGAGGUUGUUGUCAUCUUGGAGGGCAUGGUUGAAGCAACCGCCAUGACCACACAGGCUCGCAGCUCCUAUUUGGCCUCUGAGAUCCUUUGGGGUCACCGGUAUGAGCCAGUCUUGUUUGAGGAGAAGAACCUGUACAAGGUGGAUUACUCACACUUUCACAAAACAUAUGAGGUGCCGUCCACCCCCCGCUGCAGUGCCAAGGACAUGGUGGAGAACAAGUUCCUAGUCCCCAGCUCUAACUCCUUCUGCUAUGAAAAUGAGCUGGCCUUCCUCCACCGUGAUGAGGAGGAGGAGGAUGUAGGUGGUGGAGGCAGGGUACUGGCAAACCUCAGUCCAGACCGGAACAGCCGACAUGAGUUUGAUCGCUUACAGCCCAACAGAGCACUGGAUCAACGGUCAUAUCGCAGAGAGUCGGAAAUAUGACCUCUACCUUCUGACCCCAGGUCAACUUUUGAUAACUUUAUCCAAGGGUAAUAAUGCCGAACAAUGCAAAGUGCCAUAGGAACUGACUACUGUGAAAGAUUGGAAAAGAAAUAAGACAACAAUAUAAGGGACUUAACUGGAAGGAAUGGGGAAAGCAACAGUAUACAGCUUAGAAAUUGUGGUGAGGAAUGUCACCAAUCAAGGAACAGGCCAGAGAAAGACCUUCUUCUUUCAUGGAAACUUGAAUCUUUUUUCACAUUUUGAGUUAAGAGUUCAAUGAGAGGGAUCAAAAACUAUUAUGACAGAUCCUUGUAAUCAUAUUUAGUUGUAAAUACAUUGCGUAGGUAAGUUAUGUUUUGUGUGCAGUAUCAGUUUCCAAAACGUCUCUUAAAAUUGUUGCUAUUUCAUCUUGUUCUUACAAAUAAUGCUGUUGCAAGGUUGCUUUUUAGUGUUCCUUGCAUUGCUGCAACGGCUGGACCUGUAUUCAGUGGUACAAAUUUAAAUUCAUGCACUGCAGCAUUCAGAUGCAAUGAGCCAUGAUAGAAACAUCUGACCGCAAGCCACUGAAAACAACAUAAUUCAACACACUAUUUUUUUUUUACAUUGGGGUAAUCUACCAACAAAGGGAGAAUUUGCACUAUGAAGAAAUAUGUUGAACAGAAGUAAACCUGUACUGAAAACAACGAUUUAUAUCAUCUCUAAAUGCCUCAUGUUUAAAUCCACUAUUAAAAUAUUACAAGCCACCAUUAAUUGAAAAAAAUAAUUGCACUAUGAAGACCAUAAAGAAAUAUGUUGAACAGAAUUAAACAUCAUGAUUUGGUGGCCCUGGCUUACGAACAUAAAUUGACAAGUAUUCAGGUAAAAAAAAAGAAAGCACAAAUAGCCAAUAGGACAACCAACUUUGAUGAACAUGUCGUUUAACUUUUAUUUUUGCAAGAUAUAGGUUGCAAUAUUCAGGUCUCCAAUGAUCAGAUAAAUUAAUCAAUAAAAAAUGUAUAAUAGUGUUUUGUAAACAUACUAAGAAAUGCACCUUGAAGAUUAGUGAACUUAACUUACAUAACUUGAAAAAUAAUGUAAUGAAGUAUGGAAAUUAAGACUAACAAAUUGGCCUAAAUUGAUCACACAAAAGUAUUUUUGUUCUCUUUAAAAACAAAUCUAUGCAUAUUAAUAACUGUAUCAGGGGACAGACAGACAGAAAGACAGAAAAAGUGUUCUUUGCAAGAUUAAAUAAUGUAAUGUAAUGACAUUGCUUUAGGUCAGGGGUUGGAAACCUUUUUCCUAUCAAGGGCCCUUAUUAUUAUUUUUUUAAUCCUUCAAGGCCCAUACUAAAGUUACUUAUUUUAUUGAACACAUAUAUCACAGUAACCUCUCUAAUGCAAUGGGUUGAACUUUGUUCUUUUUGGCAAAGAGUCUGAUGUCAGAUGGCAGUGAUGGAGAUACUGCUGUCAGCUGUUUUUUCAGGUGUUAGUCAGUAAGUCUUGGGUGGGACUGAGUCCAUUAAAGAACCAAUUAGGAAAGGAAAGGCUCACAGCAGAAAGUUGUCUGAAACGGAGAUGCAACCUUCAGUACAUGUCUCCUCAGAUUGAGAAAAUCCUCAGGACGUACAGUUAAUAGAAUUUGAUCAGAAGGCUUUGCACCCAAAAUAUUUCAUGUUGUAGGUUGUUACGCAUAUCAGCUGGUUCCUAAUUAAACAGCUCAACAAAUAUGUUGAUUUCCGUUUCAUGUCCUGAAACCAAACUCACCAGCAUAUUCACGUCAAAGCAGGCUUUUGUUCUCGCAGAUGAGUAAAAUGCAGUGUUUGCACACAAUGCACAAUUUUGAUGUUGUGCAAUUCCAGAGCAAGCAGCUCUGCUGCAGCAACAAGGCUCCUUCACAAGUUCCCCUUCUGUAUGAGGUUUCACUUAAUAGCUUGUUCACAGCGAAACCUUUCUGUGUAACAUUGUCUCUGUCAGAAUACUUUUACUUUAAGUGUUGAAAGCUGCUUGUUGUCCAUCCAAACUCUGUCAAAGAAUUUGACCUUUAUUCAAGCAACUCACCCACUUUAGUUGUAUGUUUCAAGCUGUAAUUAAGCUUGAGAUUGGCCUUUUUUGUGUUUCGUUCACCAUGACUGUGACCUGACAGGCAUAGAGCCAGAAGAGAGGUCCCACAAAAGGGACAAAAUUUAUUAAAUGUCUCACAGGCCAUAUACAUCCCAGAGGCCAGAGGUUCCCCACCCCUGCUGUAUUCAAUGCCAAAUGCUAAGAAAAACAGCCUGAAAUAAAAAAUCAAUUUAUAAGAGUAUUUGUUACAUUCAUCAAAUCGAUUCAACAAGAAUUACAAUCAUAUCUAAAAAUGUUAAAUGUGCACAGUGAAUUUAGAAACUUCCUGACAUUGUGUGUUUUAACAUUUUAGCAUUUAACAUCCUUUUUUCGAAAGUAUGACAAGGGCAGAGGUGUGUAAAACACUUUGCAUUAUGAUAAGACUAAAAUAUUCUUAAAUUAUGAACCGACUUGAGUAGCUGGGCCUACAUUUGUAAUAGUGGACAAAUGUAACAGCUUUUUCUAUUGUUACAAACAGAGUCAAUGUCUGUUUCAAAUCUUUAUAGACUUGACGAGACAGGACAAAUAUAUCCUUUAAUAAAUAGAAUGAAUGUGUGCAAGACUAAAUUUGGCUAAACAUUUACACGAGUAACAGUACAACAAAUACAACAAAUCCUAUUUACCUACUCCCAUUCCUCUGGCAUUUACAAAAUUCACACACUGUAGACAGCUAAAUACAUAUUAGCAAUAUGCUGAAUGGAAGCAAUAAACACUGGAGCACACACUUUGGAAUAAUUGUAAUACCUCUAUUCUUAAUUAUUCUCUUGUAAUACACUGAACAUAGACAUUUAUAGUUUUUGAGUCACAGAUAACAAAUGAAAGGAACGAUGACGGGAAAAUGAUGAAUGUUUUUGAGUUUUUAUUGUAUUUGUAUGCAUAUGAUUUAUUUGUGCAGAUGUUAAACCUCAGAUUUGAUACCAAAGUAAUGGAGUGUAGCUAAGACUAAGGUCCUGAGGUGAUUGAUCCCAAUCCUCCAAACACAGUUAAUAUUCACAAAUGGGUUGUUAUAUUCCAAUAAGGUGUCCUCCACUUUGCAAAUGGGCUUUGUAUAGAUUAGCAUUCCUAUUAUUAUUGUUAUUAGUACAUUUAUCAAUUAAAGCAAAUUACAUUUUCAAUCAAAAAUCUAAACUAGAGAAUUUCCAGUUGUAGAUCAAAUCAAUCCAAACUAAAUCAAAGAUAAUUUUCAGAUGUAGUUAUAGAUUGAAAUCGUUGUCACUAUUAACAUUAGUUUAAGAGACUAAAGUAGGAUGCAUGACUUAUUUUCCUUUGGCAUGGACAACAGCAUUUUAAUAGGAGCCUGUAUUCUUAUUCAAACCUAAACAUUUCUAUGUUGUGUCACAAGAUAGUGUUUAUCUUAAGUCCAGUUUUACCUCAUUAAAACACUAAAACAAUAAUAGUUUACUUUCAUACAUAAAAGAUCACAUAUGUGUAAAGGUGGUAAGCUAUAGGAUAUGGUGAAAAACAAAGGGGAUGACCAUAACAUGGUUGUAAUGUUGGUCACAAUGACUAACAUUUUCCAAAUAGUAUUCCAAAUAUCAUUUCAUUUUAGCGGGAUGCUUGACUAUGAUAUUUCUUGGUUGUAUGUCGCUUUUUUGAAAUUUGUAGGAUGUAGAAAAUGUAAAAAGCAUUUUUUGGUAAUAAGUGAAGUGUUCUUUACCCAACCCUAAACAUUGAUUAUGCUCAUUGCCUUCUGGGAAGGUUUUAUACACUGACGUGUGAAUCCUCUGCACCUAUACUCACAAUAUUUCAGUGGUAAAAAAAAAAAAAGGUGAAGCAUAAACAGCUUCUAUGCUGCGUCACUUAAAUGCAUAGUUCAAUGAUUUCUACUGAAUAAUGUUUUUCAGAGAUUGUUUUAGAUGUGAUGUUUCCCACCUGAGCCCUUAAAAACUGAACACACAAAGAAUUUGAUAAAUAGGUUUAUAGUGUAAAAAGCAUAAUAACAUUAUCAAAAAAUCAUAAAUAGGGAGCAGCUAGGCUGAACAAAUCUGCUUAUUUUUAUACAAUGUUCUUUUUGAUAGAAUAUAGCAAUCAAUAUUUAUCUUUUUUUAAUAGAGUAACACAAUGAAAUCACUACUGGGAGGCAUCGUUUGAUUCUUGUCUCGGUUUGUUAAAAAUUGUAUUUCUGUUGUUUUUCUUUCAGCACAGAUGCUCAUGAUUAAACAGGUAUUUCUCUUAAAGGGAUGAUUGGAAAAACCUUUGACCUCUGUAGAAGUCUUCCUAUAUGUCCAGCGAAAUGUCUACUGGGCUUUUGAGUUUCAUUCAGAAUCAUUUAAAUUAUUCAAUUAAAAACUAAUUGUGAAAAAAAA